AUGCCAUUAUCGGGAGUGCUGCUAUCGGGUCACAUCGCAAGCUGCUGGUCCAAGAUGUCGGAGCUUCCCAGAUGGGAAAGAGCACUUCUUGCCGGCUGCGGAGUUGCGGCCGCGGCGGGCGCUUGCUGGUACAUUGUUCAGGCAGCGGAUGUAGAGGAUGUUCCAUGCCAGGCUGAAGAUGUGAGCCGCUUCUAUCAAGUUGUGGACCCUGACAUGGGCAUCAACUUACGCGCAGAGCCGGACACAUCGUCCGAAGGCACUGCCUACGUCCUUAUUCCUGGUGAGGCUUUCCACGUGUCACGCGUUAUUCAAGAUGGAGGCCAGGAGUUCCUUUGCCUCAGUGAUGGGCGUGGCUGGGCCUUUACACGCAGCCCCAAAGAUGGCGCGGUGAUCUGCGUAAGAUGUACCGAGCAGGAGGUGAUGGAAGCCGGAGGAACCGCACUUGAUCAAGUGGAGGCGAUGCUGAGGAGCAAGCUGUUCCAAACCGAGGACAUGCCAGAGGAUGCUUUCCGGCAAAUGGCACGGAGGGUGCUGCUUGCAAAAGACGAGAUGCCAGACCGGCCAUCUGGGUAG